AUGAAUUAUUCUCAAAUACAAGAAAAUGAAUCUCAGAAUAAAAUUUUAGAAGAAUUAUUUCUUCGGUAUCAUCAAAUACUUAAAUAUUAUAAAUGUGAUAUCGAAGUUGCUGAAAAUUCUGAAUGUAAAAA